AUGGAAAUCAAAUUCAAAGGCAUGUUGUUGGUGAUGCUUGUUGCAGAUCAGUUGAGGCUGGCGAAUGGAGUCAGCCCGUGUGCCGGGAGAGUGGAGAUUUACCACGAUGGACAAUGGGGUACAGUGUAUGGCUAUGGCUCUGGUGGCCGUGGCUGGGAUAUGAAGGCGGUGGCUGUGGUGUGUAAGGAGUUGGGCUGUGGAGCCGCGCUGUCAGCUUCAGCAGACGCUCACUUUGGCGAAGGCUCAGGUCCCAUUGUCACCUAUUAUGUCCAGUGCAGAGGGACCGAGUCUACUCUGAGGGCUUGCGAGUCACAGACCUGGGGUCACUAUUCUAUGUGGUAUUCACACUCGUAUGACGCCGGCGUCAUCUGCUCAGAUCGUUUGAGGCUGGUAAAUGACGACAACCCGUGUGCUGGGAGAGUGGAAGUUUUCUACGAUGGACAAUGGGGCACAGUUGUUGGCUCCGGUUCUGGUGGCUCUGGUUGGGAUAUGGCGGACGCGGCUGUGGUGUGCAAGGAGUUGGGCUGUGGAGCGGCACUUUCAGCAUCAGGAGUCGCUCACUUUGGGAGGGGCUCAGGUCCCGUUGUGACGUAUAAUGUUCAGUGCAAAGGGAGUGAGUCUGCCCUGAAGGAAUGUCCUUCAGGUUCCUGGGGUCACUAUUCCUGGUUGUCACACUCCUAUGAUACCGGCGUCAUCUGCACAGGUAAACGGUGGCAUUUACGGUUAGAGAGCGGUGGGAGCCGUUGUGAUGGGCGAGUGGAGAUUUAUCAUGACGGCACCUGGGGCAGAUUGCUGGAUGAUUCCUGGAAUGUAUCGGAUGCCGAUGUCAUCUGCCGACAGUUGAACUGUGGCUCUGUUAUUUCAAUCUACAACUUUUCCCAGUACGGGGAAGGCACUGGACCUGUGUGGAUCAAUAAUGUUCAGUGUGUCGGAACUGAGACGCACAUCUGGAACUGCCCACUUUCCACAGUGGCUUCACCCUCUAGGAGCAGCAGUGAUGUGGGAGUUCUUUGUUCAGAUCACAAACAGCUUAGGCUGGUGGAUGGUGGCAGUUCCUGCUCUGGAACAGUGGAAAUUUACCGCAAUGGAAACUGGAGUAGAGUGCAGGAUCAGUUCUGGGAUUUAUAUGAUGCGAAUGUGGUUUGCAGACAGCUGGCCUGUGGUGCUGCCAUAACAGCCUAUAGCUCCCCGUCGUACAGAGAAGAUAAACGGUCCCGAUGGUUGAAAGAUGUUCAGUGUCAAGGAAGUGAAUCACAUAUUUUGAAGUGCAAGCCAUCAAGGCUAAAUCAAUCAAUUAGGAACAUGAGUGAUGUUGGAGUGCAGUGUUCCAGUGAGUGA